UGGAAAUUCUUGUUAAGCGCUGACUAAUACAGCGUUUUGUCACAAAUUCUUAACAGUCUAAAUAGUAUUAAAUUGUUGCAACAUAAUUCCAGUCGUUAACAAGACCUUGACGAGAAAGUAGUGGAAAAACCUAUACAAUCUGGAAAAUGUCCGUGCCAAAAGCUUAUAUUACACGUCGUUGUCAUUUUUCAGCAGCCCAUCGAUUACACAGCUCAAGAUUAAAUCAAGAAGAAAAUUCGAUUAUUUAUGGAAAAUGUAAUCAUCCUCACGGCCAUGGACAUAAUUACACAGUUGAAGUAACAUUAUUUGGACCUGUUGAUCCUAUAACUGGGAUGGUAGAGAAUUUGACGAUUUUGAAACAAUACAUGGAUGCGGCAAUUAUGAACGAAAUGGAUCAUAAAAAUUUGGAUAAAGAUGUGGAGUUCUUUUUUGAAAGGCCAAGUACUACCGAAAACGUUGCGCUUUUUAUUUGGAGUCGAAUCAGGACUAUGAUGGAAAAACCACAACUUUUAUACGAAGUAAAAGUCUAUGAAACUGAAAAUAAUAUUGUUAGUUAUCGCGGGGAAUAAGAAAAAUAUAAAUAAAUUCAUUGUCUUUAA